UCGGAUCACGGGAGCAUCGAGGAAUUGAUCGUACAGUGCUCUUUAUCAGAGAAAAGAAGAGUUUAUAAGAAAUGUUUGCGAUGGAGAAGCGCGUCAGAGCGCGCGACAGGUGGAUCGAAUGGCCUCGAGCUCAGCGCGACAUCACGUGAUCUUUAUGAACAGGGUAGCUGACAGAGUGUGGAUACACAGCUGAGCGAGUGACAGAGGGAGAGAGAGAGAGAGAGAGAGAGAGAGAGAGAGAGAGAUGUACACAGUGGUGCUGCUCUCCUCUUCUCUGUUUCUCCUGCAUGUGACCUGCACGCCUCAGAUUCACGGUCACCGCGGGAGGAGAGUGUGUGUUGGAGAUGCUCGGAGUCGUGGUGUGUCUCACAGCACAGAGUCGUUUCUUCAGCCCGUACACAAACCCUACAUCACCAUGUGCCAAAACCACCGCAUGUGUAGCACGUACAAGACAAUCUACAGGGUUUCUUACAGGCAGGUGAGCAGAGCAGCUCCCAGUUCACACAUUUACCCAGAAUGCUGUCCGGGAUGGCGACGCAUGCAUACACACAACUGUAACCGAGCCGUGUGUGAGCAGUCUUGUGUAAAUGGAGGCUGGUGUGUAAGGCCUAAUCACUGCGCAUGUCCGAGAGGAUGGACGGGACGAUACUGCCAAACAGAUGUGGAUGAGUGUGAGGAGGGUCAGCGCUGCUCACAGAAGUGUGUGAAUACGGUGGGGAGUUAUCGGUGUGUGUGUCAGGACGGAUUCAGUCUGGCUGAAGAUGAAGUAACAUGUUCAAGACUUCCUGCUUCGUCCCCGCGGCCCGGCGACGAACGCUCAUCCAGAAGCCAUGCUGGUGAAGGUUUGGGAUUGGUGGCAAACGUUACUGAAGAAGUUCAGAUCCUUAAAACCAGAGUGGAACUCCUCGAGCAGAAACUAGAGAUGGUUCUGGCUCCCUUCACCACGCUCUUCCCCUUGGAUGGUGUGGGAGACACUAACAGCUUCCUGUCUGAUAGGAACAACUUCCUGUCGCAUUCUCUGCAGCAACUAGACCGAAUCGAGUCACUCAGUGAGCAGGUCGGGUUCCUGGAGGAGCGUAUCGGAGCUUGUGCCUGCCAGGAAAACUAGACGAUCAAAGAUGGGCUGCAUCCUCAAGUGAAACCAAUAUCUGUGAAGUCUUAAUAAACAGCCGCAGCACUAAAGGCCUGAACCCUGUAAACAUAUAGGAAAACUCAAUAUCAAACACACGAACUCCUGUUUGGCCAAAAUUGAGUUUUCUGGCCCAUGAGCUGGAGCUUUGAUUGUUUCGUUAUGUUUCUCAAUGUAUUUCUUUCAUUUAAUUAUUUGUGUAAAUGCAGCUAUAGUCUUAAGUUUGAGUCAGGAGAAAUGUAAAUUUAUGUAUUUAUAAGUCCAUGUUCUUCUCCUGAGUAUUGCUAUUGGGAAAACAAUGCAAAAUUGUAUCUUUUUAAAAAAACACUCAUGUUGUUAAAUGUUUUUAAAUAAAAUUGCUUAAACUUUUAA